CCUCUCUCUAUGUAUUGGAAUUCAGUACUUUUUAAGACUCGCAUUUAUUAGGAUCCCGCCUUCACCUAUCACCGAGGAGGGGAAAGAAGCACUUUGGAAUUGGGUUUCCAGCCACGCCGCUAGCAGCUCUUCGUUCUCAUCAACAACCCACUCCAACCAGCGCACACUUGUAACAGAACCCUGCUCAGCCUCCUCCUAACCUUACAUGUACGAUGAUAGGAAAGCCAGCUAUGCCAGGCGAUAGGUUAACUUUCUCUGAAAUUGGAACGGGAACUGGAACUGGAACUGGAACUGUGAAACUGUUGGUGGGGCUGUCAGCCACCAGCAUACCUGUCCAACUGCACCACAACCCACCACACUUUGACCAAUCGGCCAGGACGCCAAAGUCGGCACACCACCAACACACCCAACAACGUUAUGUACGCCUGCCUGAUAGAUGUAUAUGUAUAUGGUCGACCAGCUGUGAUCCCGUACCCGAGUGAACCGCACCGGAGCGGCCUGCGCAAACGCGGUCGGGUGACUCCUCC